CUAUAAAAUUCUUACAAUUCACAUCGUUUGAUUUUAUCAUACAAAAAUGAAAAGCAUCAUCAGUUCUUGUAACUUCAAAAAGGUUGUGUUUUUGCUACAGAUCAUCUUCUUCGUUGAAGCCCAACAUUUCUGUUGUGCUGAUCCCACUUCUGGAUUCACACCUGUGCAUUUCACUGCACAAAAUCGAAAGUUGCAGAAGCCGUAUAACAAGUCUCCUCAUGAGCGUUACGGUAAUAAAGAUGGAGUUGAAAAGUUUUGGAUCUACAACCACGACAAGCCCUUUCAAAAGCACAAUCCAACCAGGCCACGCUCCGAAAUCAGAAUUUCUGGGCAUGACUACACUUCCGGGGUUUGGCAAUUUGAAGGCAAUUUUCUUGUCCCACAAGGCACCUCAGGGGUCACAAUAAUGCAGAUAUUUGGUUCAUCCAAACAAGCGACAGCUCUGCAACUGAGGGUCUAUGAUGGGGAUUUGAAGUACUAUGCUCACAAUGUGGUAGCCCCUAAUAUCUACGAUAAGUGGGUUAGGCUGAAUGUGAUUCACAACGUUGCUGCAGGGAAAGUGACAAUUUUUAUCGACGGCAAACGGAAGUUUGUCGCCAGAGAUCACGGCCGAGCAACCUUUUACUUCAAGUAUGGAGUUUAUGGAGCCUUAUCUCGUUCAAGUAACUACAUGCAAUCAAGUUGGAGAGGAAUCAAACUUUUCAAAAAAUGAAAUAUAUAUCCAUUGAGGGAGAAGAGAAGGGGGAGCUUGAUGUACAAAAUACUAAAAUAGUUUUAUACAAUUAUUCUUGCCCGCGCGUUGCACUGGGUCGAGAAAUUUGUCAUGUAAAUAAAGAAAUAUACUACAAGCUUUAAUACCAUGUAUU